AUGGACCUGACAGCCGACGGCGGCUCGGACGGCGACACCAAGUUCGCAGUCGCAUGGUCCUCGUGCUCGCUGCUGCUUCUUGGGCUUCUUCGCUUUCUGCUGUUGCACACGGCGCGCGACUUCUCGAUGCUGACUCUGCUACUGCUGCUGCAGUUGGCACUGCACGUGACCACUGCCCGCAACUCAAGACGCGCACGCCUCUCGUAUGACCCGCAACAUGCAACUUUAGAUGCUGCACGCCGAGUUGCGAGACUCUAUGUGACAUUGCAAGCGCUUCGUCAUUUUGGACUGCUCUUCGCCUUCCUAUUGCAACAUUUGGACGUGUUGCUGCUGCAACUAAAGAGGUGGCACGAUAGUGGCGACAGGAACAGCGCGCUACUGCUGCUUCUGGGUCACGUGUUGGUCGCUGGAGCUAAUGCAGAUGCGUAUGGGGCUCUACUGCACACUUUUUUGCUAUUAGGGGCGGCUUUGGGACUGCAACUGGCGGCUCAGUCGUCCACGCUUCGGGGAAUAGCGACAGACAGUGAAGCGUCGUCUUUGUCCAUUGCUGGAGCCGCAGCAAUUGCUGCUGUCCUGGCCUUCCUGACGCCGGAUAGUGCAGUGCAUGCUCAGCAGAUUGCCAACGACCGAGCGAGUGCUGACGGGGGCGUGAUGAGCAUGUCCACGUGGACAUUCUAUCUGCUUGUUACCGCUCUGAUCCAGUUUGCAGCUGGCCAUUUCGAAAGAAAAGUUAACUCCGCCGUGGCUUGUGGUUUGAUUCUGUACGUUCUGGGUGGGAUUGCUGCGCAUGUGCUUGCGGUGCUGUGGUCAAAGCGCGCCUCACGUCAGAUGCUCAUUUUUCUAUCAGUCAAUGUUGCCUUUAUGUUUGUAGAGCUCGCAGUUGGUCUGUGCACCAACUCUUUGGGGCUUAUGGGCGACGCAGGACACAUGCUAUUUGACAAUGGUGCGCUUGUGAUUGGGCUUGCGGCCUCCUACAUUGGACAAUUGCCACCUGAUGCAAAAUUUACGUAUGGAUACGGUCGCGUAGAGGUUUUAUCUGGUUUCCUGAACUCGCUGUUGCUACUUGUGGUGUCGUUCCACCUGAUCACGGAAGCAGCAUCGCGCUUUAUGGAUCCACCUGAGGUUUCAACGGACCAUUUGCUGCUCACGUCAACGGCCGGACUAUUUGUGAAUUUGGUUGGACUAUUUUUCUUCCAUGACCAUGUGCAUGGCCACAGUCACAGUCAUGGAAUUGACUCAGGAGGCUGCGGAAGUGGCCACGGACAUAGUUAUGGUAGUAGUCACCAUCAGGCUCAUGGCGAGGACGCCUCAGAAAAUGGCAAUCACGGUGGCAGCACUAACAUGUAUGGGGUGUAUCUCCACGUACUGGCAGAUACACUGGGAAGCGUGGGCGUGAUUAUUUCGUCCAUACUUAUCCAAUUGUACGAGUGGCACGUGGCCGACUCGGCGUCUUCUGCACUUAUCUCGCUGCUGAUUCUGGGCAGCACACUUCCUUUACUUCGUGAUACUGCUCGCCAACUUUUACAGGGCGCUCCGCAAGAGCUAGCAAGUAGUGUCAAUGCAGCUCUACAAGAAGUUCAAGCGUCUGUCCCAGGAGUGGAGCGAAUUGUGCAGUGGAAUAUCUGGCAUCACGCAGGCGACAUGCGCAUCGCGACUGCUUCAACAGACCCGAAUGAUCUUCCGACGUCAUGCCAAACUUGA